CCAUCUAAUCUCAUCUUGAAAUUCGUCAGAAGACUAAAAAUACCAGAUCGGGUUGAAAGAACAAGAACGAGAGUAUGAAAGCAGAGACUCACAACCUACUCUGUAUUAUACUAGUCAUCUCUGUCCUAUCUCUGUACAUCAAUGGCGUUUCAUCAGCAAGAAAACCUCCAGAUCUGUGUAAUAGAGCCUGCGGAGGAAUAUCUAUUCCUUUCCCGUUCGGUAUCGGUGGGAAAGAUUGCUAUUUAAACCCGUGGUACGAGGUUGUCUGUAACAGAAACUCUGUUCCUUUUCUCUCAAGGAUCAACAGAGAAUUGGUGAAAAUCUCUCUUCCAAGUGAUCGUGAGGAUGGGUUAGUUCACAUAAAAGGUCCAGUAACUUCCUCCGGUUGCUCUACGGGAACAUCUCAGCAUCCGCCUUUAAACGUUGCCGGCCAAGGCAGCCCUUAUUUCCUCACGGACAAGAACCUCCUCGUGGUGGUUGGUUGCAACGCCAAGGCAGUUAUGACGGAUAUCAAAUCGCAGAUCGUCGGUUGCAAGUCGAGCUGCAACGAGACAAAUAGUAGCCAAGAAGCAAGAAACAAGAUUUGCAAUGGUGAUAAAUGCUGUCAGACGAGGAUACCGGAAGGGCAGCCGCAAGUAAUAGGAGUUAACUUAGAGAUCCCCGAAGGUAGCAACACAACACAAGGAGGAUGCAGAGUUGCUUUUUUGACGAGCAAGAAGUAUUCGAGUUUGAAUGUUAAAGAGCCAGAGGAGUUUCAUGGUGAUGGAUACGCGGUGGUAGAGUUAGGAUGGUACUUUGAUACUUCGGAUACUUUGGAUCCUCGUGUUUUAACCCCCAUAGGCUGUUUGAAUAUGUCAGAUCCAUCACAAAAUGGCGGGUACUGGGAAGACACGAGCUGCGUUUGCUCAUAUGGCUACUUCUCUGGACUCAGCUAUAGGAACUGCUUUUGUAACUCAGUGGGUUUUACAGGGAAUCCGUUCCUUGCAGGUGGAUGUGUAGAUGUUGACGAAUGUAAACAAGAAGUAGGACGGGAAAAGUGUAAAGACCUAAACUGCGUGAAUAUGCCUGGUCGGUUUAAGUGCGUGCCAAAGAAAACCGAGCAGCUAAAAAAAAAGCCAGUGAUUCAAGGAGUUCUUAUUGGUUUGGCAUUGUUGCUUUUCACCUUUGGAAUUUUCGGGCUGUACAAGUUCGUUAAGAAGAGGAGGAGGGUCAUCCGAAUGAGAAAUUACUUCAGACGUAAUGGAGGUAUGUUGUUAAAACAACAGUUAGCUAGAAAAGAAGGCAAUGUAGAGAUGUCAAGGAUAUUUAGCUCGAGUGAGUUAGAGAAAGCUACUGAUAACUUCAACAAGAAUAGGAUCCUUGGGCAAGGCGGUCAAGGUACUGUGUACAAGGGAAUGUUGGUUGAUGGUAGAAUCGUGGCAGUGAAAAGAUCAAAGGUUGUGGAUGAAGAAAAAGUAGAAGAGUUCAUCAAUGAAGUCGUUGUUCUCGCACAAAUCAACCACAGAAACAUUGUGAAGCUUUUGGGAUGUUGUCUAGAGACGGAAGUUCCAGUCUUGGUUUAUGAGUUUGUUCCAAAUGGAGACUUAUGCAAGCGUCUUCAUGAUGAAUAUGAUGAUUUCACGAUGACUUGGGAGGUGCGUCUUCACAUCGCCGUAGAUAUUGCUGGAGCUUUAUCGUAUUUGCACUCUGCUGCAUCUUUCCCGAUAUACCACAGAGAUAUCAAGACUACCAAUAUACUAUUGGAUGAAAAAUACAGAGUUAAGGUGUCAGAUUUUGGAACUUCAAGAUCAGUAACCAUAGAUCAAACUCACUUGACGACUCAAGUUGCAGGUACUUUUGGGUACGUGGAUCCAGAGUACUUUCAAUCAAGCAAGUUCACAGAAAAGAGUGAUGUUUAUAGUUUUGGAGUUGUUCUUGUGGAGCUCCUAACCGGGAAAAAACCGUCUUCACGUGUCCUGUCUGAAGAAAACAGAGGCUUUGCAGCUCAUUUUGUAGAGGCAGUGAAAGGGAACAUAGUUCUUGACAUGGUUGAUGAACGGAUCAAAGAUGAAUGCAAUCUGGACCAAGUGAUGGCUGUGGCAAAACUCGCUAGAAGGUGUUUGGACCGAAAAGGGAAAAAGCGACCAAACAUGAGGGAAGUCUCAAAUGAGCUGGAGAGGAUUCGUUCAUCACCUAAUGAUGAUCCAGAGGCUCAUGUUGAGGAGGACGAUGAUGACGAAGAGGAUCUAGCCAUGGAACAUCUCAGCAUUGAUGAGAAUUGGGAUGCUGGUAUGACUGCUCCACCCUCCCUGUUUACUAAUGCAUCCCCAACGUCUGACGUCGAUCCUCUGGUUCCUCUAAGAACAUGGUGAUGAAUAAUGAGGGACUUGAAACAGUUCUUAUGUAUAUAUCCACAUUAAUUUAAUGAUUAAAAAGGUGUGAUUUCGAUUAUGAAUCUCUCGUUUUCAUCAUGUAAUUAUAAUACACACAUAUUGCAAUAUUGUGGAACCAAGAAAAAAAUAAUGAUGA